AUGACGAUUUUGUCCACCUCCCGACGAGUCCUCCGGUACCGCAUCGCCCGGGCUCUGAUUAUAAUCUUCGCAAUAUGGAAUCUGGUCGAAAUACAUCUGAUCCAACACCGAAUUUACGAAGCCGAGUACACUGCCCUCCGACACAGGCCACAGAAGCAAGAACGAAUAUAUAUCGCAAGCAUCAAUUGGAACAAUGAGCUCAUUCUACGCAGCCACUGGAGCAAGGCACUCACACAGCUGGUCUUGAAGCUUGGUCGUGAAAAUGUGUUCAUCAGCAUAUACGAAAGCGGGAGCUACGAUAACACGAAAGGCGCAUUGAGAGAGCUGGACUGGGAACUCGAACAAAUGCGGGAUCUUGCACGGCAGGGUAUCACUUUUGAUAAAAUUCUGUUUCUCAAUGACGUUGUGUUCACGCCGAACGACGUUCUCAAACUUCUAGAUACUAAUGGCGGCGAAUACGCUGCUGCUUGCUCGUUGGAUUUCUCCAAGCCUCCCCAUUACUAUGACACAUUUGCUCUCCGGGAUAGCAAGGGCCAUGAAUCCAUCAUGCAGACGUGGCCCUAUUUCGGCUCUGCGGAAUCACGACAUGCAAUGAAGAAGAUGUCUCCUGUUCCUGUGGCGAGUUGCUGGAAUGGCAUGGUGGCGAUGCCUGCAAGUCCAUUCAUCGCCAGCUCCCCACUUCGUUUCCGAGGUAUCCCAGAUUCGCUAGCGGAGUAUCAUCUUGAAGGCUCCGAGUGCUGUCUCAUCCACACAGAUAACCCACUGUCAGUGGAGAAGGGUGUUUAUUUGAACCCUUUGAGAAGACAUCACAAAGGAAUAGGGGUGUGUUCCGUGGGACCGCCAAUGGCUAUGGAGCUUAUGCUCAGCCAUGACUUUAUCAAAGAGCUCGCACAAGAACUGGAGUUUGAUCAGGGUGCGCACCGGCAUACGGCAGACCUCAACAAUGGUGAUGAUGUUGAGAUCCCCGUAGAUAUAAGCACCAAGUGCCACCUCCGCCUACGCCGUCUCAUGGGGGCUACGGAGAGACAUUGUGGUCGAGAGGGUUGGGGAGAGGAAGAAGAAGAGAAGAGGAAGAAAGGUGGGAGGGGUCCUUUUAUACCCUCAACAACAUGCGUGCCUUCCUAA